AUGGGCUCUGAGAAAAUCCUGCCGCAAGAUGGCAAGCGGAAUAUCCUCAUAACCUCUGCUUUACCAUACGUCAACAAUGUUCCUCAUUUGGGGAAUAUUGUGGGCAGUGUGCUGAGUGCCGAUGUCUUCUCGCGAUACAACAAGGCCCGUGGCCGGCCGACACUCUUUAUCUGCGGAACCGACGAGUACGGCACGGCCACUGAGACGAAAGCCCUAGAAGAGGGAGUUACCCCAGAAGAGCUGUGCGCAAAGUACAACAAGAUUCAUGCCGAGAUAUACGAAUGGUUUGAGCUGGGCUUCGACAUCUUCGGUCGAACACCCACAAAACAACACACCGAAAUCUCGCAAGAUAUGUUCUUGAAGCUCCACAGGAAUGGCCAUCUGACAGAACAUACCGACAAGCAACCGUUCUGUGAAAAGCAUGGAAAAUUCUUGGCCGACCGGUUCGUCGAAGGCACGUGCCCCAAGUGCGGCUACGACGAUGCUCGUGGUGAUCAAUGCGACAAAUGCGGUAGCCUACUAGAUCCCUUGGACUUGAUCAACCCUCGGUGCAAAGUCGACGGCGCAACUCCCGUCACGAAGGAGACCAAACACACCUACCUCCGUUUAGAUGAGUUGCAACCGCGAGUCGAAGACUGGUCGAAGAAGUCGAUCGAAAAGGGCAGAUGGUCUCGAAGCGCCAAAGUCAUCACUGAGUCAUGGCUGAAACAAGGUCUGAAAGAACGAGGCAUCACUCGGGACUUGGCAUGGGGCGUGCCAGUGCCUCUCCCCGGCUACGAGCACAAGGUCUUUUACGUCUGGUUUGAGGCCUGCAUCGGAUACCCGUCGAUCACUGCAAACUAUACCGAAGAGUGGCAGAAGUGGUGGAAGAACCCAGAGAACGUCCAGUUAUAUCAGUUUAUGGGCAAGGACAAUGUACCCUUCCAUUCAGUCGUGUUCCCAGCCUGUCAGAUGGGCACCAACGAGGAGUGGACCAAGCUGCAUCACCUGUCGUCCACCGAGUACCUCAAUUAUGAAAAUGGCAAAUUCAGCAAGAGCCGCGGCGUCGGUGUGUUUGGAAACAACGCAAAGGAGACCGGUGUUCCUCCGGACGUCUGGAGAUAUUAUCUGCUCAAGAACCGACCAGAGUCAGGUGACACUCAAUUCGAGUGGCGGUCUUUCAUCGAUGGGAACAAUUCUGAGCUCCUGGCCAAGCUCGGGAACUUUGUCAACAGAGUCAUCAAGCUCGUCAACUCACCCAAGGCCUACUCCGGGGUCAUUCCAGACUUCGAUCCCCACGAUCUCCCCACGUCAUUCAAAGAGCAUCUCAGCGAAAUCACCGAACUCUUGAAGCAAUACCUUACAGAGAUGGAGGCCGUGCAUCUGCGGAAUGGAUUGCUAGUUGCCAUGAAGAUUGCAGAAGCCGGCAAUGGCUUGAUUCAGGCUCACCGGCUCGACAAUGCACUUAUUGCAAGUGAUCCUAGUCUCGCUGCCGCAGUCGUGGGAACGGUUAUCAACCUCAUUUACCUCUGCUCGGCCAUCUUCGAGCCCUACCUUCCAGCAACCGGCGCCUCAAUACGCAAGCAACUCGAGCUUGGCUUUCUGCAAAUUCCGUCUGAGGGAGACAUAGAAAAUGGUUGGCUACCCACAUACAUCAAACCAGGCCACAAGAUUGGCAAGGCAGAAUAUUUGUUCUCCAAGAUUGAUGAAAAGAAGGCGGAUGAGUGGAGGGACUAUUUCGGUGGAAACCAGGCAGAACGCGAGAAAAAGAAGAAGGAAGAAGAGGCCGUUGCCGCGAAGAAAGCUGCCCAGAAAGAGAAGACCAAGGCAAAGAAGGCGGCUCAGAAAGCUGCCGCUGCGGCCGGAGGCGCAGGAGUCGAACAGAGUGCGAAAGGUGGGGAGGAGGGGCAGGCAUUGGCCAAUGGUGUGCCUGAUGUCGGAGAGGAUGCCGCGGUCGAGAAAGUUGUUGAUGGUGUCGCACAAGUGACCAUCCCGACAUCUUGA